ACGAACUUUUUAAGGAUUACUGCAAAACUAGUUCUGUGCAUUGCAUAAAAUAUAUCACCGAACCGAAACUACAUUGGAUCGAGAGGAUAUGGUGGAUCAUCACGAUGAUUUUGUGUGUCACUUGUUCGAUUAUAGUGUCGAAAGAAGUGUACAAUAAAUGGCAAAAGAGUCCAGUAAUUGUUUCAUUCGCUGAGAAAUACACACGAGUCUCGGAGAUCCCAUUUCCGUCGGUAACGAUAUGCCCCGAAACAAAGGCACGUUCGUCAAUUUUGAAUUUCACCCAACUGUAUAACAGGUGGAUGGAGGAUGGGGUGGAUGCGUUGGAAAAGGAAGAAGAAGAGAACUUAAGGAAAAUGGUUGCCGUGCUUCAGUUGUGCAGUGACUCACUAAAUGAGGAACUCAACGAAACUGGUCGUUACAACUUCACGGACAAUAAAAUCUUUGAAAUAAUAAAAGAGGUCGCACCAAGCUUUGAUGAAACUCUGGUGAACUGCAAGUUUCAAAAUAGAGAAGAGCAUUGUCGCGACUACUUUGAGGAAGUGAUAACCGAGGAAGGACUAUGUUACACAUUCAAUUCGCUGGAGCCGACACAGAUAUAUCGGGAAAGAGAGCACAGGCAUGAACUUUUCGACGCACUGGAUCGUACGAAGAAGACAAUUGAUAAUUGGUCUUUGGAUGACGGUUAUACCUCUCUGAAUAACAGAUCCUACCCGUUACGAGUAUUCGGCUCAGGUGUAAGAGAUGGUUUGGCGGUAACAUUUAGUUUAAAUCGAUCGGAAUUCGACGAAACAUGUCGCAGCCACGUACAAGGAUUUAAAAUACAAUUGCAUAUGCCUGGCGUUUUCCCGCAACUCACCAAGCAUUACUUUCAUUUACCAAUGAAACGAGAUGUUUUGGUUGCAGUAAAUCCUCACAUUAUUAAAACGGAUGAAGACCUGGUUUCUUACGGACAUGAGGUUCGUCAGUGCUAUUUUUCCGACGAAAAAUGGUUGCAAUUUUUCAGAUUUUACACGAAAGAAAACUGUGACUUCGAGUGUUUGACAAAUCACACGUUACUUGCAUGUGGCUGUGUCCGAUUCUCUAUGCCAAGAACCAAGGACACAAAAAUUUGCGGAAUUAAGAAAAUUGACUGUUGCAUCAGAGCUGAAGAUGAACUGCUCAGGAAAGACGACGGCCUCCUUGGAAGUAACGUAUUCGAUGAUUGUAACUGUCUACCGUCUUGCACGUCCUAUACUUAUGGCGUGGAACAAUCUCACAAUAUUAUCAAAUCGAAGGCAGAGUGUUCGCACUGCGGUUCGAUUGAAAAAGAGACGGCAAUUGUGCGAAUUUUCUUCAACAAAAAACAAUUUAUCUCAUCAAAACGUUCGAAAUUGUAUGGACAUAUCGAGCUAUUGGCCAAUUUUGGCGGGCUUUUGGGACUCUUUCUGGGCAUUUCUUUGCUCAGUUUCGUUGAAAUCAUUUAUUUCUUUACGUUGAGAACCUACUUGCUGGUGAAGCGAAAAAUUUUACCGAUCAAUAGUUCCACCGAUAAAUCGAAAAUGAAAUCGAACGAAAAAAUGAAUGGAAUACGAUCAAGUGUGUUGAACGAUCCUAGUGGUCGAGUCCCUUUAGCUAAAAAGGGAAUGGCACUUUUUGCGCAACGGCGACGUGUCUCAAGUCGAAAGGACAUAGUCAGAGAGGGAUUUUAACUUUUACGUCACAUCACAUCCAAUCAAGUAGCACAUCAUGUAAGCCUUUAACAAUUCAAAAAAUAAAUAAAAU